GAAGCCCUAAUUUUCACCCAAUUGUGCUUUGCCAUAUUUCUCUAUCAUCCAAUAAGAUUUUGACACACCUAGGUUACAAGGCUGUCUUGGAAGCCCUAAAUCUUUGCUUAUUAGAAGCAAUAUGUAACACAUGCAUUGGGUCCAAUGACAUAUGUAUUUCUCUUUUCCCAAAUUUUUUUUAUUUGUAAUGUUUUUUUCUCUCUCUUCUCUCCCUCUCUCUCUCGUACGCUCUUCUCUCCCUCCUCUCUGCCUCAUCUCAUCCAUCACCGUAACAUCCACCACAACCCCCCCCACCACCUACAAAUCAAUCACUCGUCAGAGGGAGGGAGUGGCCGAGUGUGAGAAGAUUUUCUGGGGAGGGAAGUUCCGGUGAGGAAGAGAGAGUUCCGGCCGUGAUAGAGAGUUCCGGUGGCGUUUCGUGGCGGUGUUUGGCGACGGUGUUUGGCGACGGUGAUGCUUCUUGCUCCUUCGUUCAUCUGGCUCCAUGGAAGAAUAAGGCUCCUUCAGACCUCCACCUUCCUCCAAGCCAGCCAAAUCUGGUGGUGGCAAGCAGAAGAAGACUCAAAUCCAGGUAUAAGUUGUUAUUGCAAACUGAUCAUGCCACAACAACAUCAAAGGAUGACAGAACCUGCCUCUAAUGUGGCAUCUUGCAGUGGAACUGCGAUGGAGAAGUCAUCAAAAGGAUAUUUUAGGAACAUUCAUACAAGUCAUCAGUUUUUACUUUAUCAUUUUAAGAAAAUAUUUAUAUUCUGGAUUCAGUCUAUUAUGCUUCCUAGGAUUUCAGCGUCUAAUUUCGACGUAAAACGUUGUACAGAUAACACUUGCAAUGGCUUCUAUUGUGAUUAUUUCUCUCCAAAUACGGCUUACAAACCAAAGAUGUGGACAGAAGCUUGGACUGGCUGGUUUACCGAGUUUGGAGGUCCGGUACCUCACCGACCUGCUGAAGACUUGGCAUUUUCAAUUGCAAGAUUUAUGCAAAAGGGGGAUCAUUUAUCAAUUACUACAUGGAUUGCUUAGGCAACCGUAAUGGGGUCAUCUGAAGGAUUUACACAGAGCAAUAAAACUCUCCGAACCGGCUUUAGUUUCUGCAGAUCCAACCGUUACACGGAUUGGAAACUAUCAAGAGGUAUGCAUGACUUGUUUGGAUGUCAAUAAACUCAAAGUGGGCAGCAGAUAUGGCUAUAGGACUUGGUACCGGAGUUCCGUGGAUGUCAAUAAACUCAUCUCUCUUUCAAACUGUUUUUCGUUUUUUAUUUAUUUUAAUUUUUGCAGAAAGCAUUCUAAUGAUAAAAUUGAAUAGUUUUGAUUUUUAACGAUUUAUGUUUUGUGGUGUUUGUUUGUUUGUGUUGGACACAGGUAGUUGAAGUUUCAACUUCCAAAACUGGAAAACAUGGACAUGUUAAGUGACACUGACAUCUUCACUGGCUUGUGAUGUAUUCAAGAGUAUUAAUGUGAUGAAUCUUUUGAAUUCAGAUUGCUCUUCUUUCUCGCUUUCUUUUGGCAUACCUUGCGACGUGAAUGAGUGAACAGGGAGCACACACAACAACAGCGGCAGCCUCCGAUGUAGGUAAGGAUUUCAUAUCCAUUCUAACCUUAAUUUGAUUACCUACUAAUCCUUUAUUUAAUGCAUUCCUAAAUGCCCCCCAAAACACAUUUAAUUGAGCUCAUGUCACAUCACUACAUUAGAUAUGCUUUAAGUAUGUAACUAAGUUAAAGAAACACAUUUGUAGAAACAGUCCAAUACUAGAUGUAUCAUUGAGAUAACAAAUUUACUAGACUGGCUCAUAAGUUUUUCUGUUUUAUAGCAAAAAAGGUUUGAAUUUUAGCGCUUGCAAAAGAGAUAACAUUUCUGUCAAACCUGUCAUGAUGGUACAUUAAUCAAAUGAGUUAGUAACAAAAAAUCAAAUAUACUGUCAGCAAACCAAACCAAUAAUGUUUGAUGACAGAAAUCGGUUAGAGCUAAUUUAAUUUAGAUUAGUAGUUUUGUCUUUCUAGCUGAUAUAUGUUAUCAAACAAACAUCAAUAGUGGAAACCAAGGUUUUCAACAACACAAUUCAAAGUAAAUGAAACAAAGAGGUUAGUUUUUGAAAUUUGAAUUUUCUUUAAUUAAUUAUAAUUUUCUUAUUUCAAAAAUCAAAAUUGUUGUAACCGAUUCUUUUGUGCACACAUAACUGAUUUUAUUUUAUAUGUGAUUCUUUUGGCAUGGUAAGUGUCACUUUGUUGGUAUUUCCGCACUCUUUUGUUUAUCCAUAUUUUGAAUCAGUUUCCUGUAGUGAGGUGCAUGCCUCUAAGGAAUUUAUGGUUUAUGUGAGGCAUACCUUCAACACUUUAUUGAAAAUUAUAGAUGUUGAUUUUAAUUUUAUUGUACUCAUGAUUUGUGGCAAUACUUUAGCUUAUGAAAUUGCAUUUUUGAAAUCUCCAUGAAAUUGAGCUAAGUUAUGAGAGUUGGCAGAUAAGUUCAGCCGGUGUAUACUAAGAUCUCCAUGAAAAUUACUUACCAUUUUUAUUUUACCGCAACGCAGAGCACAAAACGAAGGGAUAAUGACGACUCUGCAAUAGAAUCUGACAUCAAAGGUACCUCUUUCUGUUCAAAAAUAUUGAACUCAAUAGCUAGAGUACUACUCUUUUGACUAACCAUUAUUCACUUUUAGAAUUUUCACCUUAAGUCAUAUACUAUUAAUAAUUAUAAUUCAUAAAUUUUCGUCUCUGAUUUAUAAAUGGUGGGUCUGACUAUAAUUGUUGUGAAGGAAAUUUCCUAAUUUUUUAAGAUUUCAUUGUUGUCAUGUGCAUCAUAAAAGUAUUGAGAUUAUUCAUUUGUGUGGUUUUGUCUACAUUUUAGUGACUAAGGAAUAAUGAAUUAGGAUUUAUAUAAAAGUGCUUACAUAUCAUUACCAGAAUUUCACUCAUUCUAUUUUUAGCUGUGCAUUUGACAGCAUGUUGAAGCCAUAUGUGACAAUUUUUGCAUAACUAAUACAUGUGCAGUGCAGAUGGGAUAAAUGCAAUUGUAUCAUGAAAGCAUGCUCACAAAAAUGUGUUAACCAAUAGUGUGCAACUAUUUGGUUGCCAUACUUUUCUUGCUUUCCCAGAAAAGUUACAAGCCUCCUAAAAGACCCUUGACAAACAAGGUUCUCAAAAUCAUAGUUUCUAGCUUGCUUUAAUGUGAGAGAUUUGUAGUAGAUAGUAUUUUUGGGAGUUGCUAGAUGGAUUUCAAGAUGAUUCCUAUGAAGUUAGUAACUUAAGAGUUUGAAGAAAAAUUUGUAAAAUCUAAGGAAAGAGUUUCUUUUGUGGUGUCCUUGCAUGUUAUAAGGAAGAUUGACAUGUUAUAACUUAUAACUUAUGAUUCCUAUCUCUAUCAUUUUGUUUUCCAUGUGUUAUUUUUGGACAUUUAUUUUGUGAUUAACAUCAUCCAUGAUUGAAAUAUAUUUGGCGUUAUGGUGAUGUAUUUUAUUUUAGUCA